AUGUUUGACUGGUUUGAUGAACCAAUUGUAUACUACAGACGCUUCGCUCCAAUGCGCUCUGGUGUCUUUGAUUACAUGUCACGUUGGAUGGAUUCAGUAGAUCGUGCUAUGGAAGAAGAAUUUGGUGACUUUUAUGAUGCAUUCACUCGCCGUGAUGUUGAACAUGAUAUGAUUGAAUAUGAUACUGAAUGCAAACACUGCAAGAAGAACAGUAAUAAGAAGAAUUCCUCCAAGAAGACAGAGGAGAAACCAAAGAAAGAAGAAGUAAAGCAGGAAGACGUCAAGGAAUCUUCAAAUGUUGAUGAUGAUGACGUCGAAAGUGAUGAUGAUGUUCCACAAUACUACUCAUUCACAUCAUCAAUGUAUAGUGGCUCCGAUGGUAUACAGCACAUACAUCGUGAGGAAGUUGAUUCAAAGAGUGGUCUCCGCAAAGUUGUUGAUACAAAGCGUGUCGGCAACAAGUCUCUCACAGUUCAUGAAGUUACUGACAAAGAUGGUAAAGUUGAGAAACACGAGACAAUGAAGAACAUUCGUGAUGAUGAGAUUGAAGAGUUCAAGAACAUGUGGGCACAGCACAAUGUUCCUGCACAAUCUUCUCUUCCAGAACCAGAAAACAAAGAAAAGAAGAAUGUAAAGAAGGAAGAGAAGAAAGAUGAUAAGAAGAAGAAGAUAAGCCAAAGAAAGAAGAAACUCACUAAGGAAAGAAAAAAACUUUGUGCUGAAUUUCUAAUCUUCUUUUAA